GCUACCCCCCCGACUUCCGUCCGUCAAAAGAAAUUGCUCUUCUUUCUCGUCCCCCUCGCUCUCUCCCUUCGCUCCCUUCUCUCGUCCGUUCGCCGCCGCCCCUCUCCGUUCCCCAUCUCCGCCGCCGCCCCUCUCCGUUCCCCAUCUACGCCGCCGCCUGUUGCAACGCCCGAGAAAUCCUCCCCCCUUUCCCGACCGAAUCUCUCCUUUGUCUUCUCUUUUGCUUUGGGAUCUAUCGGUAGAUGUCGUAGAUCUGCCCUCAAUCGCGUCUGGAAGGGGGCCUUUGAGAUCCAAUCUCUGAAAGGCCCCUGGAUCUGGGCUGUCUCAUCCCUGAUCUGAACUGCAUUGUUGGGAGUCUUUCGCGAUAGAUCGGAUCGAUUCUGGUACGGCUUCAGGAGGGCUAUGAGGUCCUAAUAUGUGGUGACCAAACUCAUUUUUGAACCUUGUAUGCUGAGCUACAUCUAUGAUUGGAGUUCCUUUACCUGUCUCUAAUAGCCCUAUUAUUCGUCGAGCUAGCAGCAAACCUGUUUUCUCUGACCAAGGAUCUAGUGAAUUGGGGAGCAAUGACGACGAAGGCUUGCUGUUUCCGGCAGAGGUAAAUGAGAUGAAGGGAGGAAGUUUACCAAUGCACAGUGCUGCAAUAAUGCCAUCACCAGUCCUUUUAUGGAGAUUCAAGGUAUUAUUGUUUCUUGUAUGGGGUAUCAGCUGUUGCAAGAUUGGUUGGGACUCUGUAAUGAGAAUGAGUGCUGAUCUUCGGGAUUUAUUUCUUUAUGAGGCUUUUUUGUAUUAUAAUCCUCUUCUUCUUGUGACAUUGAUGGUUUGGCUUUGGGGAGUUAACCUAUGGGUUUUUGCUCAGUCGUCAGUGAACUAUGCAAAAGUAUUUGAUCUUGAUCAUACCCAUCUUACAUACCGGGAGAUAAGGAAGUGUGCCACUUGGAUGACCAUCAUAGUGCCCACAAGCAUGACAGCUUAUCUUUAUCUCUACUCACAUGGAGAAGUGUCAUUGGCCGCAUCACAACCAGUUAUCCUAUAUGCUGUUGCACUGAUGCUUCUCAUAUUUCCAUUUGAUAUUUUUUACCUAUCAUCUCGCUACUACUUGUUAAGGACACUUUGGCGCAUAUUACUUCCAUUACAGGCGAUCACAUUUUCUGAUUUUUUCCUGGCUGAUAUUUUAACAUCAAUGUCAAAGGUGUUUUCGGAUUUGGAGCGUUCAGUUUGUCGGAUGGUUAACCGACAGGUUGCAACAAUUGCUUGGUUUGAGGCUGAUUCUAUAUGUGGAAGCCACUCCGUUGCUAUUCCUUUAGUGCUUGUCUUCCCAUAUUUGUGUCGUUUUUUCCAAUGUCUGCGUCAGUACAAGGACACUAAAGAAAAGACAUCCCUUUUAAAUGCUUUAAAAUACUCGACUGCAGUCCCAGUAAUAUUUCUUUCAGCCCUCAAGUAUCAUGUCUUCCCUGACAAGUGGACCAAUUUUUAUCGCCCUCUUUGGCUUCUCUCCAGUGUCAUAAAUUCAUUGUACUCAUUCUAUUGGGAUGUUGCCCGUGAUUGGGAUUUGAGCGUCUUUACCAGAAUUUUCAAGUUCAAAAAUCCGCAUCUUUGCACAAACCUUCUAUAUGGGCGGAUAUGGGUGUUCUAUUGGGUGAUAGGAAGCAACUUAAUUCUUCGAUGCACCUGGACCUACAAACUUUCUGCACAUCUUCGGCACAACUAUCUGACUGUCUUCACGAUAGCAGCUCUGGAGAUAAUGCGGCGGUUUCAGUGGAUUUUCUUUCGUGUAGAGAAUGAAUGGAACAAGAUGACGGCCAGGCAAAGUAUCGAACUCUCCACUGAGAAUAUCCCAAAAGAGGAAGACAGACUGCUCGGUCCCGCCGGCCAUAACGUAUAGAGAAAGGCGUUUUCAAAUAUAUAUUUUUUUAUACCAUUUUUUAAAAAAAUUUAAAACAAAAAACCUUUUUGUUCUCAUGAUUCUCCAUUUUUAUUUUGGUAGCUAAUUUCAUGUAUCUUUCCUAAAAUCUCUUCCUUUUGUUUUUUUAAUUGGAGAAUCGACAGGCCCAUCUAUAUAAGGUAGAUGCCAUUUAGCAAUUGCUUGAGUUAUUGGUAUUGUUUCACAUGA